AGUCACAGAAAGCUGAAAAAAGCCCAGUCUGAAUAGGGUUAAUGAGAAAGUGAGAGGCUGAAACUAUCACCCCAAUACGUUGGCUCUUUUUGCGCGAACGUAUGAAUAAACGAUGGGAAGUCGUUAGGUGCAAUUCAUUGUCGAUAGAUUUAUCGUGAGGACGGUGGUGACAAGACAUCUAGUGAUAUUAGGCUCGGCGGGGAAAUGGCGUCGGAGAUGAAUCAAUCACACGUAGCGGGUGUCAGCUGUAAAAACAAGCUUUGCUUUAAAGUCGACUCAAAAACAACUUUUCCCCACAAGCCUUGGAUCUGUUUGUGAAAUAUUAAUUGAAUGAUCAUGGAGCCCCGGAUUAUUUGGGCGACAUUGGCACUUGUAUGGAUCGUCAGCAACUCGGAAGCGGCCAUCUUCAAGUAUCAGGUUCGUUUCUACACAAAGUCAAUACAAAAAGACAGCGACUCAGCUGCAAUUAGCAUCAAGCUUUUUGGAAACAAAUCAGACAGUUUGCUUGGAAAAGUGCUGAAUUUUAAAGACAAUCCGGACCUUGAUUCCCUGUUGCUGGGCUUUGGAAAACUAGGCACUGAUGUUUACCUGAUUGAGUUGGCUCCCACGUGGCUUGGGGAAUUGAAAAGUGUUGCUGUCACGCAGACAGACACAUCCAGAAAAAUGAUAUGGCACCUGAGCAAGAUUCUGAUCGUUGAUUAUGAGGACCAUAGCUACUACGAUUUUUUUGUGGACCACUUGUUCAACUCUUCAUCAACCGUGGACGGCAGAGUCGACCACGAAGUUGCUCUCACUAGGAGAUAUGGAGGAAAGGAUUCCCCACAAUACAAAGGCUGUCUGGCCAAAAAUUCAGACAUUUGGUUCCACGAAGACGGCGUCUACAAAAAAGGAAAAGUACUAGACACAUGUUCCACUAAUGUCACUUUGCGGCUGGACAGCGGAGCUACAAGACAUGUCUCUCGCAAGGAGAUAAUUCGCUCCAGUCCCCCUUUGCUUGUGAGUGAUGACGCUUUGUACUUUGACACUCCCAUCUCGCCCUCUGAUAAUUUCAUCGUCUCCUGGAACUCCUCGACACAGUACUACUACGCAGCUGGGUAUUACGGGACAUAUAGUCACAUAACAACAUAUAUACCGUCCACGGGUGAUAGCUUUAGAGUUUUCUUUACCAAGUUUAAACUAAAGUUCAUCCCUUCUGGCCAAAUUGUUGAGCUUUAUGCAGCACAUAUGCGAUUCAUCGACCCAAAGCCGCCUUCAUUCUGCAUGCAAGAUGGUGAGAGUUGCCUAACAAAUGAGCCAAAUUUCAUUACUUCCCUGUACGCAUGUCACCAGCAGCGCCAUCUACCUCACUCACUCGUCCUCGCAACUUAUGAAUCCUCAGACGAGAUACGCUGCGGGAUCCUUUGCUCAAGACAUACCCAGUGCAUGGGCUUCACCCUUUAUGGUGGCCAGUCGUGUGAUGAUCAAAGUCUCACAUUUUGUGAACUUAGAGGUUCUGUAGAUAGAGAUGGAGGGAGCCAGGAUACUGGAGAAAUCCGAGUCUGCCAACGAGUGGAAUAAAACAUUAAGCCAGAAGGUUUACCCUAUGAUAAAAGUCUCACAUUUUGUGAGCUUAGAGGCUUUGUAGAUAAUGAGGGAGCAAGAGUGCUGGAGUAUUGACUUUGCCAGUGUUUUAGAUCAUGGAAUAGUCACUCAACUGCGUCUAGUUGCGUACGUUUUCGUUAGUAUCUAAUCCCUAGUCCCCCGAAUUGUAUGAUCCCGGUGUGGGAAAGGGCGGCUGCAGCAAAAGCGGCGGGUGGUUGUAACUUAUAAAUAAUCUAAUCAUCACUAUAUUCAUAACUUUUCAAUUGCAUCUCUGUUUGAUCGCAUCAUGGCAUUAUCAAUAUUUUUUUUCAGAGCAUCAAACAUACAAUCAAUCAUUUUUUUAUUGAAGUUAUCAUCAAUUGCAAGUUUUUUUUUAAAUCACAGGUCAUCGAAGUAAAUUAUUGGACACAGAUGCAAAAUCGGUUAAUAUUCAAUAUUAACUAAGAUUAUUACAAAGUAAUCUUUGAGAUUUGUUAUGAAAUCCCACAACUAGUGAAACCCAAUCUGCAAUAAAGUCAUAACCAUUAA